AUGGACGAAAAAUUAAAAGCCCCUACUAAUAAUCCACUCCUACUUCGUAUUCAAACUUCUAUUGCUUCCCUACGUUUAACCACCUAUGCAAAUUAUAAUCUAUUACCUAUUAACCCAACACAAUCUAACUUUAGACAUCGACCAUCGAGGUCUUUAUUCUUUCAUUUUAUAAAACGUAAAUGGGGAUAUUUAAGUUUUGGUUUACUCAUAUUUAUAAUAGUAAUAGUACGCAUCCAACUUAAAAGGAGUAUUGAUCCUUUUGAAGAAACUCCUGCAAUAACUGGUCAUUCUCAACCACAAUCUCUUCCUCCUCCACGACCACGUCCAGUGUUUUCAACUUUUACUGAUAAUUAUCCAAAACAACUUGCUAUUUUAAUCGUACCAUCCUCUAACGAUUCAAUUGAUACAUAUAGUAAGACAAUAGUAGAUACUUGGGGUGCUGUGGCAAGAAAUGAUAAAUCUUUAAGUGUAGAUUUAUGGUUUGCCUCUCCGGAUGAUACUUUAAGAAAAUUUGGUUGGCCUAAUGUUCCUGGUUUUGAAGAUAAAACAAAGUUAGAAGAUAAAAAAUCAAAAGGAAAAGGCAAAGAUAAUUCUGAUGAAUCAGAAGAUAAUUCUGAAGAUUCUAAAACUUCAAAGAAAACACCUGAAAAAAAUAAGCUUAAAGAAAUGAUGAGAGAGCUUGUAGAACAAACCAUGGUUUUCCAAGAACCUGCGGAAUUAAGUCCUGAACAAAAGUCUUUUAGAACGGUUACUAAAGCUCUCCAUUUUCUUUAUGCAUAUCAUCUUGAUCAUUACAAUUAUUUUUUAAAAAUUACAGAUAAAACAUUUGUUCGUUUACCACGUCUCCUAGAAUUACUUUCAAAAACCACACGUAAACCUCGACUAAUAGGUCGUCCUGAUAAUGAUUAUGAAACUAAUGUAAAAUUUUGUUGGGGAGGUUCAGGUUAUAUAUUAAGUAAAGAUCUUUUAGCUAUUAUAGGUCCACAUUUACCUUUUUGUCUUGAAGAUAAAACAAUUACUGAAGAUAUAGCAAUGGAAAGAUGUUUAUUUAAUAAUGUUCCAACUUUUAUUGGUUGUGAAGAUUUUACUAAUGGUACAGGUCAUGAAUUUUUAUAUUUAAGAUCAGAUGAUGAAACUAAUUGGUCAAAUAUAGUUCAUCCUGAACGACAAUUUAGUGAUGGUUAUCUCGGAGGAUGGACUUUUGCUGAUUCCAUAAUAGUUGGUGGAAUUACAGAUGUUAAUAUAUUAAAAGAUUUACAAUCUUGGUAUGGUCCAGGUG